UUAAGAGAAGUGUAUUUGCUAUUUUUGGGUCGGAGACAAGUUGUUUUAUUAAUAUCAACGCUAAAAUUUCAGAUUCAUUAACCGACUGUGUUAUGACAGACUAUUGAUUAUAUAUAUAAAAAAAAUCCGUUACGACUUUAUUUUUAUUAGUUUAUCUUUUUGAAAUAUUGAAAAAUAAUUGUAUGUAAUUUAUACUCGGCAGAUGUGCUUAAAAAUAUCUACGUUUUAAUAGCUAUCUAACAAGGUAUAACAAGCUUGGGUUUUAUCCAUACUUUUGGAAUAAAAACAUUGAUGAAAGGCUUCCAAUUAGAACUAAGGAAUGAAGACAAACUUAUUACGUGGAUCAGAAAAUACAAUAAAACAAUGAAAUGGUUAACAAAUUAUGUAUUACUUUAUUUUACAUUGAUUUUUAACAUGUUUACUUUCUACAGGUCAUAUUCCACAUGUUCACCUCUGUUUAACGUUAACCAAUAUCGUAGCCCGAGAACUUGAACUAUUGCAGUGGAAAGUUUGGUUUACGGUGAAUACUGCCGGAUUUUAACUGGCUCAUCAUAGCGCAGAAUAGUGAUUCAUAAAAGGAUCUUGGAGGCCUUUGCCCAACAUUGGGACGUUAUAGGCUGAUAUAAUAUAAUACAACUAAUAUCUGCUAGCGACUCCGCUUAUACGUUUAUCUAUUUUCAUAGAAAGAUCACACAGGUAUAGCAAAAAUGUCGUAUAUUAUGUUUAUUCAGGAGUUAUGGCUGACUUUAACAAACGAUCCCAAUUUUAAUCUUCAACCUGAUUCUGAAAGUAAUCAAAUAAAAUAAAGUCAUUUGUAUGCAUGUCAACAAAAGCUUUGUUUUGAUUGAUCAAUUUUCACGAUAGAUCGAAAAUAGAUGAUUGGGAAUUUUUAUUGUAUUCGGCAACUAGUCGAUCAAAAUUCAGCCGUGAGUCUUCAUGUGUUAACUACUAAUGAUUAAAAAUCUUUAAAAAAAUCGGUAUAGUAUGAAUAAGAUUCUCCUUUGAAAAGAGGGUCCCAUCUUCGUUCAAGAUGACCGAUUACGCGAACUUCCAACGUCCUUAAUGCCCUUUUUAACAGUUCACCACAUUUUGAGGUGUUUUCGGCUGAUUGGAACGUGAUUCAGUAUGAAUUUUUGCACUAUAGUGAAAUUAACUCAUGAUACCGUAUAUUUCAUGCACUUAUUAAGGACAAUAUUGAUCUGUUUAAAAUGUUGUUAUUAUAAAUUUUAUUGGUGUAAUUGGUUUAUUCGUACUAAUUGAAAUAAAUAAAUAAAUCUUAAUAGCUAGCGAAUAUGGCAUUGAUUUAAAGCGGUUCUUAUUUCUUAGAAACUUAUUAAUCUUGGAUUUUUAAAACUACCUACAAUUUUUUAAAAUUACCAACCCAACGAAGAAAAAGUAUUUGCAUUAAAAAAAAAUUACUUUAGCUAAAGGUAAGGAACCACGCUGCACAGCAUUAUUGUAUCGAUAAUAAUGCAAUUCAAAAGUCAAAUUAGAUGUUGACUGCUGCCGGUGGCGUAGUCGUAUUGCGUGCGCAGCACAACAUGGCUCUGGGAUCCUGGGUUCCAAUCCCGGGUCGGGCAAUUUGAUAUUGCAUUCUUCUGUUAAGUAUGAGUCUUCUGGAGUCAAGAAUUUGUGUCAAAUGUGGUAAUCGGCUCGCCCGACUUUAGCUUUUUUUACCUUUCCUCCAACUACCAACUUUUUUAAUAGCCAAAGGUUCGAAUGACCAAAAUCGAAUAAUGCUGCGCAAUUAGAAUCGGAGAUAUAAAGAAAGAAAAAGUAAGGAAUAUGCAAUACAUGACGAAAUCGGAAUAGGGUAAAGUCGAGAAAGGGUGAAAGUUGUUAGGAGAUUUCCAAUGCUUGAUAAAAAAAAUAAUCAAAUCUCAAUUAAGCUAAUCUCAAUUUUAAAAUACUCAAGAAAGUCGAUUGGGUGUAAGGGUUAGAACGGGCUCGUAAUAUAAAUUUUAUAAUAAGGUAAACUGAGGAACUGGUAAUUUUCCUUGCUGGCAUACGUUCACCUGGCUCCUCCCACCGUGUUAUCGAUUGAAUGCACACACUCGCAUGCAACAUCCGGACAUUACUGCUAUCCUCUGCUCUGAAUGUCUGUGCUCGUCCCGCAACCUCAGAACAUAUCGUUCAGUUUCAGUCUAGAUUAAUAAAUCGAACAUACGAUACAUCUGUUUAUCUUUGUCUUAAAUCUGAAUUUGUAGCCCAGUUGAAAUAUUGAUAAAAAUCGUACUAGAUCUUAUACCAAAAAGAUAAGUAAUGUUUUAGUGACUUUGGACUUUAAUUACCUAGUGCACACAUUAUUUUUGGUUACUGUUAGUUGAGGGAUCGUGUGUUACGAUGAAACGCACUGGCUUGACAGAGACGAAAUGAUAUAUCUUUGUUGCUACUGUUUUCAUAUGAUUUGGUAAGGCGACCAACGCGCGCAUUGCAUUAGAACUUUUCAGGUCCCCUUAACGUCAGUCGCUGCUUGUUAGUUAAAGUGAAAAGUCGUGUUGUGUUUCAAUAAUGGGUGAUCACAUAACAGAGCCACAGUUACUCAAAGAAGUAAUAAAAAGAAAACCGAUUUAUAACACUCAAAUGGAUAUACGAUUGAGGCGACAAUGCUGGAUAGAAAUAACGUCGGUGCUUGCUCCUAAAGAUUAUACCGAAGAACAAAAAAAGCAAAUGGAAAUUGAUCUCCGCCGCAAGUGGUCAGUAUUAGAUGAAUUUCUCAAGACCUAUUUUACAAAAUUGUAUACAUUAGUGGAUGAAGUGGUUGGUAGGUACACAUCUAAUUUUGCGGAUAAAUCCGUAAUUUUUCGUUACCUUUGUAUAAGAGUUUCGAACCUUAUAAAAUUCUUCUUACUGAAUGAGAGUGAAUUUGAUCAGUUUAAAAAGUCUUUUGAGGUGCAUGCCAAAGAUCCCAAAAAUCCUCAGAACCUUUACAGAGAUGAUGGUCUACAUGAAAUUUUAACCAGAGGUUCAAUUGGGACGCAGACAGAGGUAUCAUCAGAAAGAAUGCGCUUCGAAGGCUUUUUCGACCAACUAACUACGGAGUUGAUGAAGUUACCGGAACCGGCCAGAUUGCAAAUGCAAAAUGAAAUUAUGAAACUAUUUCGUCCGAAUCCCAACAAUGAAGCAGAACGUCAAUCAACAAUCAAUCUCAUAAACCAACUGAAUAGUAAUAUUUCUUAUCAAUACAAUCUCUUAAAUACACAAAUUGAUUUUCUUUCACAAAUUAAACAACAUAUAGAACAGGGAGCUCCACAACCACCUCCGUGCACCUGUAUGCCACCGCAGCAACCGCGUCCGGGUAUGAUUUUUGUUCAGCCCGUUCAAAUGGCCCAACCUGCAAUGAGACCAUGUAUGGGUUGCUAUGGCGGUUAUAUGGAUAUGCAGCCUCAGAUGUUCCAGCCUCAUAACUGCCAGCAACAACACGGUCCACCUAUGAUGGCUCCCAAUGUUAAUAUGCCAAAUCAAUUUAACCCCCAGAAUAAUGUGAAUCAAUUAAAUAAUGAGCAGCCGAAUGCCGGGGGAUCUCGCGAGUCUGAGGAGGAGGACGAAGAUUAUGAAAUGGGUACUGGAGAUGAUGAUCGGGAUACUGAGACCCCGGAAUUUCCUGAAGCGGUUCAAAACUUCAUUGAGGAAGUUUCUCCUAUGGAACGUCGUCGCGCUGUUAUCGCGGUACUACGAAGGUACUUUGGUAGACCAAGACGCAACACUGGAAACCAAUUUAACAACCCUUACCUGCGUCGCAACGCAUUUGGCACUGUUGUUCAUAUGUGUGAUGACCUUGUAUUGACAUAUGCCAAUGACAUUCUUUAUCGUGUAAGGACGAAUGCAUCGCCGACGCGAGUACAAGACAUUGAUCCAAAUUUUAGUGGAGCAUCAGCGUUCGGUCUCCCGUGUAAUAAAAGUUUCAACAUACUGGAUUAAAGUCUCUACGGAGCUCCUGAUGCCAAUCGCCUAAUCGAAAGUCCCAGGCAUGUUACUGUUGCAACAGACUUCUAUUUCCGUAUAUAAGAAAUUUCUGCACAUUUUUUCACAUCACACAACAAGAAUUAACAGUGGAGAAUAACUCAAUUCCUUGUAAAACAAUAGCACCGUUUUUUUUAUAUCUACAAACUUUGUCGACGCGCCCUUUCAACCCCUACUCCGUAUAAUUAACUGCUAUGCGAAAUAUCUUUCAUUGUAAUUGUCUUCAAUACUAAAAUGAAUUGAAUCGUAAUCAUUUAUACUAUAAUACUUAAAUAAAAUAAACUCUUAAUGUUAUUACAUUACGGGCAGAGCAUUUUAUUCUCUUGAAGCUAUGUACCGCAAAUGCGAAUAAUUAUGUAAAUUGUUUAUUAUUACACAAGUAGUAAAGUAAUACAUUAUUUGUUAUUGUAGAACAUGACAACUUAAAACAUCAACCCUAACGGGCUUGUUGUCAGUAUUAUUUUUCUUAUUUCUUUUGUUUUAUGUUUUAUAAUAAAAUGCAAUUAUAAUCAUACUAAGUAUCUAUAAUAAUAAUAACAUUCAAAGGAAAAGCAUUCAGUGUUUUAAAUAUUCUUCAUAAGUUUUAUUUCAUAUUAUGUUAUUACUUAUUAGUUUUACAGUAAAUUUCGAAUAAUAACUACAUUCAGAUGUUCUAAUAAUAUAAUAAUCAUUAAAUAUAAUGUAAUUAUAGCAACCUCACACUUUUCACUUCCUUUAUAAUAUUACUGCUUUUUAAGGAAGCCCCAAUGAAUGUAAAUUUCUGAAUAUUAUGCAAAUCUUGAUACCUAACAUUAAACUCGAUUGCCUUAGUUUAAUUAUGAAAACUCAACAACCCUGAAGACGGACUUAUAUUCGCUGUUAUAAUAUUAAGAAACAAGUAUUUUAUUAAUCAACUUGUCUAAUACACGUAGAGCGUAAGAUGCGUAUUACAUAUACUGCUCAUAACAAUUAGGAGAACAAUAUGCCCGGUCCAUUCUGUUGUUUAAACUACAUUUAGAUUUAAAAUACACUUUAUUAGUAGAGGAGGCCCGUGCUCAGCAGUGGGCAAGUACAAAACGUUUCAUUCCACAUUAAAGUUUUGUUCCCCCAAUUGUAUUGGGUAAUAAUAUAUCUACUAUUUAAAAAAAUAUGUAUCGCUAACAUAUUUAUUCUUUGCAUGGUAAUUAAACAUAAUAUAUGACUAAUAAAUUUGAUGUAAUAGAUUAGGUACUGUCACUAUGUAAUGUUGAUAUCAAUAAUUAACAAUAGUGUAACAAAAGUUUCGUCUCCCAAUUAUCUGUGUCUAUUAUUGUACGAGUACGAUAAAUCUUGGCGUAAUAUUAUUAAUGGUAGGUAUUUAGUCGGUAGUAGUAAGGGUUGAACGUAAGUACCUUAGGUACAAACAAAUUCAAUUUAUUCAUUAUAAUUAUUGGCCAGUAUUAUGGUAUGGGUAUGAUGCGACGGGUGCGUAUAUAUAAAAUUGUUAUUGGAAACAAUUCAGUCAUCUAAAAAAUUAUUGUGCUCGGCGAAUGCGGCGUCUUUAGAACACUUAAAUUUUUCGAAUAUAUUUCCAAUAGGAUUUAUCUCUAAAUGUAAAAUACCAACCCAGAUAGAUCCCACAUUUUAACAUGUAAGUCCGUAAACAUUAUUUAUGUAUGUGUGUUUAGUCAUUUACCAUCCUCAAUGUAAUAGUAAUUCACGUGACCAUGUCGCGUUUUUAAAAUGAUUGUAUUCUUGGUGUUGUUUCAAUCAAUAAAAUAAAAUUCAA